UGACGUAAAUAUUAUAUAGACCGUCGUCGCCGAAGACAUCGAGUUUAUUUGGUUUUAUGUUGUGGUGCUGUCGCGAAGAUCGUCGUCUAUAUUGUGGAGUAUGUGUGCGUAAUAAUUUCGAGUUUUAAACUACUGUAAAAAAUAAGAUGAAGAUCCACGGAUUCCUCAAAUGGGUGGAAAUUGCUGCGUUCGUGACUUUUGCUCGAAUUACCAAUGGUCAAUAUUAUCCGGGGUAUUAUUCCAGGACUUACGGGGUUGCUCCACCUUCGCAUUACGAUUAUUAUCGACACAAGCAUGUUCCGUAUCAGCAACAUCCAUCGAAUUACUUGAUACCGUAUCCGAAACCUUCGAAACCACAUUUUGGUAAAGAGUACGUGUUCAAUGGGCCCCCCUUACCACCUUUCCAGAGACCUGAAGCACCUCCAUCAUCUCCACCUCAGGGUAAUACCCCGAACAGUACUUCGUCUCCGGCGAAUAGAGAUAAUAGAUUUUUGUCUAUAUUUACGGUGGUGCAAUUCCCAAAGGAUACGUGUACUACUUCGAGUGGCGAUAGCGGGACCUGUAUGAGCCCUCCGGACUGCCUGCAGCGUGGUGGAUUGCCUACUACCCCUUGUGCCAAUAAUUUUGGGAUUUGUUGCGUUUUUAUGGCCUCUUGCGGUCAAACGGUUAGCCAAAAUGGGACGUAUUUCAUCAAUAAAGGAUUUCCAGCCGGAUACAAUGGUACCGGAUCUUGCCAGUUGACUAUUAAUAAAAUGCAUCCGGAUAUUUGCCAGUAUAGAUUAGACUUCGAUCAAUUCUCCAUCACGGGUCCAGAACCGGAGAAUCAUAUUUGUAAUUACGACCAUUUCAUCGUCUCUGGUACUAAUCCGGUACCUGGAAUUUGCGGAUUUAAUACGGGGAAUCAUAUGUACGUUGAUGCUGGAUUGGGACACGUUGGUCCUGUACUUUUGACAAUGAUCACCAAUGGUCCUGAAUUUUCACGUAAUUGGAAAAUCAAAAUAACUCAAAUACCUUGCAAUAGUAAUUUUAGAGCCGAAGACGGAUGCUUACAGUAUUUCACCGGAAUCGCCGGUACCAUUAAAUCGUUCAAUUACGAGCCAGCUAUCGGACUGCAUUUGUCGAAUCAAGAUUACAGUAUUUGUAUCAGAGCGGAGAGGAAUUUUUGUGGCAUACAGUAUACUCAAUGCAUUGAUGCUGUCAAUAAUCGUACACAUUCGUUCUCGUUGACUGGAAACACGGUGGGACAAAACUCGGUGGCCUCUUCUGUAGGCAGUGUUGGUGGCAAUGCGUGCAAUAUGGAUUGGUUAAUCAUACCGUGUGUCUCGAAUGUUGGUAAACUAAACAAUGGCCAGUCGACCUGCGUGGAUAGAUUAUGCGGAGGCACGAUGAACGCCGAUAUUUCCACCAUUCCUGCGACUAUUUACAGUAGCGUAAAACCGUUUAGAUUAUUCUUCCACACCAAUAACGUGGAGCUUCCGCAUGAUAUGGGUAAUCGAGGAUUUUGCUUGAAUUACGUUCAACAGCCAUGCGGCAAUAAUGUUUCACCUUGAUGGGAUAAUUUUCAGUGGAUUUCGCUGCUGGCAUUGACAUAUUGCAUAUUUUGUGACCAACUGCCGUAUUGUUAUAAGUAUUUAUUUAGAAAUUCAUCGUCGAAUACGUCUUCAACUUUAUACAGGGUGACCGAGGAAUGAGUUGGGAAAUUGAAAAUUGAAAUAUAAUCAACAAUAAUGUGAGACUAGUUGACUUUUUGAAAAUUGAAGGAGAUUCGAGUUGAAAACAGAUUUCAAAAUCUUCGUUUAUAGCUCUCCCAAUUUUCCAAUCAGACAACAGUUUUAUUUGAGUUGGUAAUCAAUCAACAUAGUAAAUUUUUAAAAUUUUUUUUCAUUCAUUUCAAAAAAAAUUUUCGUCUUGAGUUUAAAAAAAAAAAAAUUGUUUGGUUACUCAUUUUUUGGACAUCCUGCAUAUUCGGUGUGUUCUGAUAAUACUGAAUGAAUUUGAAUCGUUUGCGAAUGUUUUUGUUGAAGACAAAUUGAUCAUUUGCGACUGAUUUUAUCAAAGGCUUGGAAUUAGGUAUUUCAGAUACUUACUUGAAAUAAUUGAUUAUUUCAUGUGAACUUGGGAGCUCAUUUCAAUUCAGAUGUAAAAUAAUCUUUUUGGGAAUUUAAUUUAGAAAAAAAAAAAAAAAAAAUGCUCCAAAAGAGGAACAGAGAUCGAUUUUCUCGACCAACUGGAGCCUUGCUCUCGUAUGUAGUUCAAAUCACAAACAGAUCCAUAUUACGAGUAUAUACCUCGAUUGAAAAAUAUUCACGUAUACGAAUUGUUAUUAAUCAUAAUAAAUGGCUGUGAGAAAAAAAAAUAUUAUCUUUCUUUUCAUUUAUAUAAAAAAUAAAUUAAGUACAACGAUUAAAUAAAAAUACAUGAAACUUA